AUGCCCUGUGAAUACGCCGUGCAAGGCUCCAGAGGUCAGAUUCUCGGGAGGUCAGUGGUUUGCACCCCCGCGCACCCCACCUUCCCGCGGCGAGCGGACGACGGAGCGGGAGCGGGGGGACCCGCCGGGGCACCGCGGGAGCCCGAUGCGCGCUGGAGGGAGAAGGGCGAAGCGGAGGCGGAGCGGCAGCGCACCCGGGAGCGGCUGGAGGCCACGCUGGCCGGGCUGGGCGAGCUGGAGUACCUGCGGCAGCGCCAGGAGCUGCUGGUGAAGAGCCUCCUGCUGCGGCGGCCGGCGGGAGCGGCGCCCGGGGCGCAGGGCGGCCGCGGGGACGCGCCGGGAGAGGGGCCGCCGCCGCGCAGCCUGGAGGAGAAGUUCCUGGAGGAGAACAUCCUCCUCCUGCGGAGGCAGCUGAACUGCCUGAGGAGGAGGGAUGCUGGCUUGUUAAAUCAGUUACAAGAGCUGGAUAAGCAAAUAAGUGACCUCCGCCUGGACGUGGAAAAAACAACAGAUGAACACCUUGAGACAGACAGUCGUCCAAGUUCAGGGUUUUAUGAGCUGAGUGAUGGAGCCUCUGGAUCGCUUUCCAAUUCAUCUAACUCUGUCUUCAGUGAGUGUUUAUCCAGUUGCCAUUCUAGCACUUGCUUUUGCAGCCCUUUGGAGGCAACACUGAAUAUCUCAGAUGGACGCCCUAAAUCUGCAGAUCUCAUAGGCUGGAUGGACUAUAAUAAGGAAGGCCAGCAUGAGGACCAGACCGCAGGCUCUGUCUGUCGCUCUUUGUCCACACCGCACUCAAAUUCCCUCGAUGUCGUUGCAGAUGUACAUCCCAAGUACCAGUGCGAUCUGGUGUCUAAAAACGGGAACGACAUCUACCGGUACCCCAGCCCGCUCCACGCUGUGGCUGUGCAGAGCCCCAUGUUCCUCCUCCCCGUGACUGAGAACCCCCAGCGAGAAGAGGAGAGGCUCGGUGGCGAUAUUAGCGACGUUUGCACCCCGUCGGAAACGGACUCGGGACAAUCCGCCAACACCUUCCUCCCGCAGAGCUCCUGGCCGGCACCCUGCCCUUCCACCAGCAAGAGGAUAGACAGUUACAUCUUGAGCCUGGUCCAGAAAAAGACUCACGCGGUGAGGACUAACAAACCCAGGACGAGCCUCAACGCCGAUCCCACCAAAGGGAUCCUGAGGCACGGAAGCAUGUGUGUCAGGCAGCCGGCAGCCGUGGUGGCUCACGGCAACGUCGUGAGCCUGAAGAGCUCCAAGCAGGUGUGUUUGCCCCCCGGUGGCACCCCCGCUCUGGACCACACAGCACCCUCUCCCUUAAAGCAGAGGCCAAGGGAGCCAGCUGGCGAGCAGCUGGAGAGCAGGAAGGCACCUUUGCCGGCAGCUUUCCCACCCAGCACAACAACGGAACUUCAGAGCAAGCACCUGCCACGGGGUGUCAAACCGGCACCGCCGGAGCUCAACCGCGGCGUGGCGGCCACAGCAGGGGAUGUCCCCAAGGAGAACGGCCAGCUCUUCGCUGCGUCUCCCAAAGAGAGCCCAGGGAAGCCCGUGGUGCUGCAGCCAGAGAACAGGGUCAGCCAGCCUCCCAAAAAGAUCCUGCUGAAGAGCAGCUUGCAGGCAGCUCUCUCCUCGUCGCCAGCUGUCGAGGAGAGGCCUGCGCUGGAUUUCAAAAGCGAGGGCUCUUCCUCGCAGAGCCUGGAUGACGGGCUGCUGGUGAACGCCCAGUACAUCCCUGCCCAGCAGCAAAGCAUGAAACUUCACAAAGGCACCCGAAACGUCAAGAUUUUGAAAAGCUCUGCGUUGAAACACAGGUCCCACCUCGCCAACGGGCUGGAAAACAGCUCACAGACCUUGCGGGAGAAAACCAAACCGGUGGGCAAGAAGUGCCGCUUUCCCGAGGAGUUGGAUACAAAUAAGAAACUGAAAAAGCCCUCGUCCCGGGGGAAGAGAGGCAGCGGGUUGCCGCUGGAGCCGGGCCCCCCCAGCCGGCAGGGUGGCCUGCACAGAUCCGCCCUCCGCUCCCACGGGCACGGCCGAGAGGUCGUGGUGGCCAAGCCGAAACACAAGCGCGCCGACUACCGCCGGUGGAAGUCGUCGGCGGAGAUUUCCUACGAGGAGGCCCUGCGGAGGGCCAGGAGGAACCGGCGGGAGGGCGUGGGGGUCUACCCGCAGGUGCCCCUGCCCUACGUCAGCCCCUACGCCUACGUGGCCAGCGACUCGGAGUACUCGGCAGAGUGCGAGUCCUUGUUCCACUCCACCGUGGUGGACACGAGCGAGGACGAGCAGAGCAACUACACGACGAACUGCUUUGGAGACAGCGAGUCAAGCCUGAGCGAGGUGGAGUUCGUAGGGGAGAGCACGACCACCAGCGACUCUGACGAGAGCGGGGGCCUGAUUUGGUCCCAGUUUGUCCAGACGCUCCCCAUCCAAACGGUCACAGCGCCGGAGCUGCAUGAAAAUGCAGCAAAGGCCUUUGUCAAAAUCAAAGCCUCCCAUAACCUCAAGAAGAAGAUCCUCCGCUUUCGGUCAGGCUCCCUGAAGCUCAUGACGACCGUCUAGUGAGGUGACUUGGUGGAAUGUAUCUGCUUCUGCUUUCGGAAGCAAGCCUUCCCUCACCAGAAAAGGGCUCCUGUUCAAUCUGUCUGCCUUCUCUGGAGUGCACUCUGCUCUGAUCUCCCGGGAGUCCCGCUGCGGACGGCGGUGGUGUCCAGAGUAAACUGCUGGAGCAGCUGACCAAGGCUUAGUAACUUCAUUAUAUUGUGUAAAACUGCUUUUGAAAAAGAAAAAAAAAAACCAUAUGCAUGUCACGUGCAUGAGUAUCAGUAGUUUUAAUAUUCCUGUUGAUGUCCAAUUUACUGUACAUCAUCAAUGGCUGUUUUUAUAUAUAUAUAUAUAUAUAUCAUUGUGUAAAUUAAUAUAACACAUCAUAUGCUGUAAUAAACAGUCUGUUUUAAUACUUUUUAAAGUUUGUUACGUUGGUGCAGACCCAGUCAAUGGUUUUAUAUUGGAGUUGUCACCACUUAAAUGUGUCUGAUGUGACCUGGCUUAAUGUUCCCUGCAUUUAGCCAUGCAGGAAACAGAGCAAGUUUAAAGUGUUGCUGUGGAUGUGACUUGUGCUGUGAGGGAAUUGGAUUGUCAUGGCUCCUCUUGUUCUUCCCAUAACUUGCAUUUUUCUAAGGGCAAGGUAGGAUUUAGGAUCUCAGAGGCAUCUUCAGGUUGUUGCUGAUGGGCAGCUCACGUUGCGGAGCAGAUGGAAGUGUAAUAUUAAUCCUCCUCGCUGUCUGGGUGCUUCCAGACUUUGGUUGGUACAACACAGGGGCAGAUGGUUGGUUUCUGUAACCAAAUCGAUCCGUGUAACGUAGCAGGUGUCCCUCUGAAACCUCCAGUAAAUGAAUCCCCAAGAGCUCUGUGCUCUGGGAGCUGGGCUGUGUGGAGGAGAGCACAGGUCUGUGGUGACCUCCUUAGCUGUGGCAGCUGACUCUAUCACAGCCCUGGCAAGGUCAUGGAAAGAAGUGACUAUUGUGUCACCCACUGGUCUCUGUCUCAGUUUAUUCCCAUAGGACUGGAGGUGAGUCUGCCAGCAAAAGAGAAAGGAACUAUCCAUAGGCCACACUGCUUCCCUUCACAGCAACAGCUGUGCAGCUUCCUGGUGGGAAGGCUGGAGGUUUUUGGCAGGUUGAGCUGGUUUCUGCAGGUUCAUCUUCUGCUUUGGCAACCACGAAGUGGUGGACAUACAACUGGCGUGGAUGCUGUGACUGGUAUGGAUUUCAGGGAUUUGUGUGCAGCUUGUCCAUUCCAUGGCAAGAUUCUGCUGAGCAGAACCUUCCUUUGUGGUUCCUCUGCAUCCUUCCUGCUGUCACCUACCUGAAAGGCAGAGCAGAUUUUUUUCUCAGGUUCCCUUGCAUAGCAGAUGUAGGAAGGAGAGAUCCACCUGGAAUUAAACAUCUCUGGCAG